UUCUCUUUUUCCUCCUCUCCUGAAGCUCGCCUUUCAUGUCACUAGUGCUGCUCGUAUGUGCAGGGGGGAGACGCAGCCAAUCUCUCCCUCAUGACGACAUCGAGGCUGGACUCACCGUAGAGCUAUAUACGAUGGCCACAUUGAACGCACCCGCCGAGGAUGAACACUUGGACAGAAGACAAGGCAGUGUCUGAGAGGACAAAUGACAAAACAGGACGCCUGCACCUGCUGCCAGCCUGUGUCUGAUCUGACUCCGCCGAGGCUCGCAGUCAACAGCAGCGGGACAGCAUCCAAGCAUCCUCACCAAGGAUUCUCUGGAAUUUACAUUUUCAUUGCUUAUUUUUAAUUGUAACUAUCCAGGGGAGGCUGUUUUUAUAGCUGUUUUUAGUCUGUUUUUGUCACUUUUUCCUCCCACAAAAAGACGUUUGACAUCUUACUCCGACAAGGAAGCAGCGCUGGGGCAGAAUGUCGGCGCUUUGAACAGAACCAUUUUCUCUCUCUUCCUCCCUCUCUGUAUGUGCUUUUCUGACUUUUUUCUGUUGUUGACAUUUUAUACAGCGGUGCUUCCUCCUGACACAGUCCCUAUCCAACAGCAGGAUGAAUGAGAAGCACUUUCUGAGCCGCUGCCAGUGAAGUGUUUUGUGCUCACCAUGCGUGGGUCCGCUCACCUGUGUGGGAAACAUCGGAACCAAUUAAAAAAAUAAAGAGUGUGCGCAUCAUGGAGUGGUUGGCACUGGCGGAUCAUGAGCAGAGUAAAUAAAUCUUCAAAGAAGACAUCGCUGCUUUGUCAUCGAGUAACAGUGGACAUCAAUGACGGUGCGUAAGGUGCGCUUCGCUUAAAGCUACAUACUCCGCGUAAAGGGGAAAAAAAACACACCAUCAAGAUGAUAUUGUUUCGCAAAUUCCGAGUGUUGAUACUGAUGGUGUUCUUGGUUGCGUGCACCAUGCACAUCAUGAUAGACUUGUUACCGAAACUAGAGAAGCGUGCAGUUGGAGCGGACAGCGGCGACGGCGGCUGCCAGUGCGCACUUCACCCGGGCGGAGAGACGCAGAGCUGGGGGAAGCAGCGCGCCAGGUCGGCGGCUGAAGCCGGAUGGCCUAACAAACACACGCUGAGGAUCCUGCAGGAUUUCAGCAACGAGCCGAGCUCCAACCUCACAUCUAAUUCCCUGGAAAAGAUCACAGCAGCGGGCGGGGGCAAAACGGACUCCCGGGGGCGGCUCAGACCGUCGGCGGGCAAGGCGGACGACCACAAGCCGCUCAUCGGAGGCGCAAGUGGGGGUCGGAGCGACCAUGCCCACGGUGUCUCCAAACUCUCUGCUCUGUUUGAGCAUCCAUUAUACAAGGUUGACCUUCCGCCCCUCACGGACGAUGACACUUUGUUUAACGUCAACACUGACAUCCGGUUUUAUCCGAGAGCAACAGGGAACCAAGGAUGGCACAAUGAAGAAGGGAAUGCAGGGGAAGAGUUCUCUCCAACAGCAGCCGUGACGGCAGAAUCCUAUCCUAACUGGCUACGUUUCCACAUUGGGAUCAACCGCUACGAGCUGUAUGGCAGACACAAUCCUGUUCUUGAUGCCCUACUGAAGGACCUGGUUGCGCAGAGGAUCACCAGUGUUGCCAUGAAAUCAGGAGGCACCCAGCUGAAACUCAUCAUGACUUUCCAGAACUAUGGACAAGCACUUUUCAAGCCCAUGAAGCAAACUCGAGAGCAGGAAACCCCGCCAGACUUCUUCUACUUCUCUGACUUUGAGCGGCACAACGCUGAGAUUGCUGCUUUUCACUUGGACAGGAUCCUUGAUUUCAAAAGAGUGCCCCCGGUGGCAGGUCGACUCGUCAACAUGACAAGAGAGAUCAGAGAUGUGACACGUGAUAAGAAGCUGUGGAGGACCUUCUUCAUUUCACCAGCCAACAACAUCUGCUUCUACGGCGAAUGUUCUUACUACUGCUCCACUGAGCAUGCUCUGUGCGGGAAACCAGACCAGAUCGAAGGUUCGCUCGCAGCCUUCCUGCCAGACCUGAACCUGGCCAAACGCAAGACCUGGAGAAACCCCUGGAGACGCUCCUACCACAAACGCAAGAAAGCAGAGUGGGAGGUGGACCCAGAUUACUGCGAUGAAGUGAAGCAGACGCCCCCGUAUGACCGUGGCACUCGCCUGCUGGACAUCAUGGACAUGACCAUCUUUGACUUCUUAAUGGGCAAUAUGGAUCGUCAUCAUUAUGAAACUUUUGAGAAGUUUGGAAACGACACUUUCAUCAUUCACCUUGACAACGGAAGAGGGUUUGGAAAACACUCCCAUGAUGAGCUGUCCAUCCUGGUGCCGCUCAGCCAGUGCUGCAGGGUGAGGAAGUCCACAUACCUGCGUCUCCAGCUGCUGGCCAAAGAGGAGUACCAGCUGAGCUCCCUGAUGGAAGAGUCCCUCCUGCGUGACCGCCUGUCUCCCGUUCUUAUCCAGCCACAUCUGCAGGCCAUGGACCGCAGGCUCCGGCUGGUGCUGCAGGUGCUCGCAGGCUGUGUGGAGAAAGAAGGCUCCGUUAAUGUUGUGGAGGAGGAUAUAUUUGGGGACACGUCCACCCACAGGAGCCGAGGUCAUAGGUAGUGAGGGCAUUGCUUUACGGGUGAUGGGGACCACCAGUGACUCAUGGACGAUGGGCCACGUCUGUGGCUGUCUGGCCAAUGGGAUCGGACCAAACAUCCCACUUCUGCUACCAAGCUGAAUUCAGUGAAUUCCGAGACUUGCCAAAAUUGCCUCUAUUGGAAACUGCUGUAUAAUUGUGGUGUUUAUAGAAGAAACUGUCCACA